CUGUAUUUAAUUAUCGACGAAAGCGUUCACGAAAGCCAUUGGUUUCCCAUUACUAGUCAUUGGAUCCCUUAGUGUCUAAUCACUCGGAUUUGAGCACUCAUUGCAGCUUUAAAUUGGUUAUCCUUUUAACGCAUAUGUCGUGUCCAAUGAAUUGGCUAAUUGUAGUGAUUUUCAUUGAUUUGGUGGUCACUUGAGUGCAAUAGAAAAUGAAUAAUAAUUUUCAGUUUGAAUUCAAUAAAUAUAUUAAUCAAAAGCGAUUACUGAAGAAAAUAUUUGAUGAGACACUCAUCACAUGCAAUGAGAUCGCUAUCAAUGACUACUUCACCAAAGAUCAAUUCUCGGAAAUAUGUCUUAAAGACGAGGACGAGAAGUUCAUCCGUGAAAUCAUUGAAACGCCGAUCGGAAUCGUUGUCUUGGGAUCCAAAUCCUGGGCUAAGGCUCAAGUCGUCAAUGAACUCUUGGGCUGCGCUCUCCUUCCAGUCGACACCAAUGAGAGGGCUAACCCAUGGCGUACUGUCCGCUGUCUAUACGGCACCCAAACGGUAGUGUCUUUAGCUGUGGCCCAUUGCUAUGAAUUGGUCGAGCAUUUGGCAGCUUAUGAUCAGGUCUGGCAUACCAUACCUCAGAGCGAUUUGCAGCUUAAACAGGGAGACGCCAACGCCAUCCGAGACCCGGGCUAUCACUUGGCAACUCUUGAAGUGAAACUACCGCACCCUCUACUCAAAGACGACGUCCAGAUAGUGGUGUCGCCGGGACUUAACGACUUCGAUGUCAUCUAUUCGUGUUGUUUUGAAAACAUUAACCCAAUUGUAAUAUAUGUCGUAUCCGGAGAAGACGAGUGUCUGUCACCCCUCGAUGUCCAGCAUUUGUGUGACUUUCGUGUCAAAGAACCCAAAAUUCCCAUAUUUUUCGUGCGAACGAAGGAAGUGGUGUCACAACCGCUGACCCCAUCGCCCAGUUAUGGCGAAUUCUCGCCGUCAGAGUUGACUGAAUCGCAACAACACUGGUAUUACAACCGACAGCACUCGUCGGCGGCGGUUGUGAGCUGUUCGGUGGGCGGCCACAGCCCUCCCAUUGACAGUGCAUUAGUGAUGCCCUCAUCUUCAUUGCCAAACACACAGUUCGAGUCAUUUCAUCGAAACUCUUCGUCUAUGGCAUUAUACCAACAGUUAUGUAAUUUAGGAUUUCUUAACCAAAGCCGGCAUCACAUGAGAGGACAGCUAACGCACGAAUCGGUGGCUAAAAAGUCUCGACGCGACUACUUCUUUGACGUCACAUCAGAAUUGGUUGAAAACUUCAGCAACUUUUCGUCCAUUUUGUUAUUCUUUCGCAAUAUCUUGAGAUCAAAUCUGGUGUCGGCCACGACUCUACUCAACGAAUCACACAAUCAUUGUCUUCGUAUGUUUAUACUGACAGCACAUGACAUGACAUGGGAUCUCCAGAUCACACCCAAGCGUAUCGAAUACGUGAAACAACGAGAGGCAGAGCUGUUCUCGUCGUUGAUGGCCAUCGCCAACAAAAAGCAGGAAGAGAUCAAACAACUGAUAUCCGAGACAAUCGACUUCAUGCGCUCCGAUAUUCAAAGCCAAGCGGCGAACCACGAGUUCACGAGUCCUAUAAUCAAUUACAAUAACAUCAGUGCCCGUGAACUACACAACUGUACCGAUGAGGUGCAAGACUUAGUGCUCACUCUACUCAACAGUGCCAUCGCAUCCAAAUUAGUCGGCUCUGUGGACAUCAUGAGGGAGUCAUUCAUCGGUACACUCGAGCGGUGUCUCUCGUGUCUGGAGAACUCGAUCCAAGAGGCCGGCGAACCCCGCGAGACGUCAGUCGCUCUCAAAGAGAUACUGAACGCCGCCUAUCAGAUAGAGGUGAACAUCAAGACGUCGCACAACUUCUUCCGCGUGUUGUGGGAAAAGAUGAAACAAUUGGUGAAAACGAUUUCAUGGAAACCUUAUCCCACUGUUGAUGACGAGUGGAAGAAGAGUGUGGCCAACGAUGUGUUGGACAGUCUCAGCGAAUCACGACUCGCCAAAAGUAUUUGCCUUCAGUUCAGGGAUCGACUCAAACAAUCGCACGACUACUUCACGAUAGCUCUCAAGCAAUUGGAGGGCGCACAUAUGGGACGUAUGCGGCGUACGGAUGACCGCCGCGAACAGGUCCGCAAGAAUCACGCGCCGGGUUUCGCGAAGUUUGCGUUGGAGUCGACGUCUCUAAUCGAUGUCAUAAUCCACGGAAUGCCUCAAUUGGGUCGUGAGAUCGGAAGGGGUCAGUACGGAGUGGUCUACUCAUGCAAUCGUUGGGCCGGUUAUUCUCCCUGUGCUAUCAAAUCGGUGGUACCGCCCGAUGACAAGCACUGGAAUGACUUGGCGAUGGAGUUCUAUUACACCCGUUCCAUACCAGAGCACCCGAGGGUCGUACAAAUUAGGGGAGCAGUCAUUGACUACACAUACGGCGGCGGUAUUACACCCGCAGUACUUCUCAUUAUGGAUCGCAUGGUCUGCGAUCUGUACGCCGCCAUCAAGAAUGGCUUGGAAUGGAUGGCCAGACUGCAGGUGGCGAUCGACGUCUUAAGCGGAAUCCGUUUCCUUCACGGCCAGGGAUUAGUGCACAGAGACAUCAAACUUAAGAACGUAUUACUGAAUAACAAGAAUCGCGCGAAGAUCACAGAUCUGGGCUUUUGUAAGCCGGAAGCCAUGAUGUCCGGGUCCAUCGUGGGAACGCCUAUACAUAUGGCACCCGAACUCUUCUCCGGCCGUUACGACGGAAUGGUUGACGUCUACGCGUUUGGUAUACUAUUCUGGUAUAUCUGUGCCGGACAUGUGAGGCUUCCCUACGUGUUCGAGCAGUGCCAGAGUAAGGACCAGUUGUGGACUGUCGUCAAGAAAGGCGCUCGACCGGAACGACUGCCCCAAUUUGAUGACGAGUGUUGGCUACUGAUGGAGCAGUGCUGGAACGGCGACCCAACCCUACGACCACUACUCGGCAACUGCGAGGAGAAACUCAAACAAAUUGAAGAGCACUACCGUCUCAGUCAACCGCCGACCGGUUAUAACAAGAAUUACAUGCGAACCAAAGUCAACAAAAUCAAAACAAAAAAUUAACACAUUUU